UAUUAUAUGUGCUGAAGAGACUGAGGAAAUAAUAUUUCAUGAAAGCUGCAGAAGCGUUGCCACGGUGAUAAAAAAGUGACACCUGCGGUCUAUGAAAAAGUCACGAAGCUGUCGUCGUUAUGAAAACAACGCCAGCGAAUCCUGUAGUAUUACAAUAAUGAAAAAAAAAUCAAUGUUAAGAACGUGGCUGUGUCAGCCAGCUGCAGAGAGAUGACAGCCAUGUUAAACAGGUGUCUCCGGGGUUAAAGGUCAGCACAGCCCGAUUCACUUCCAGGCACCAAAAGCUCCUCGUUAGGGCUCAAACUCGCCGUUUCACGGUUGCCUGAGAAAUAACGAGCUGGAGGCGAGCGGUGACCUCGGGGUCAGGGCGCCGGCGUUUACAGCCGCUCUGUCAGCCUCAGAUUGAAACACGUGACGCGCACACCUGAAGCCAGACUUUGUUCCUCAAUGCAGAAUAAAAAUGUUUAGGAAUUACAUCAGUGACCAUCAUUAACCAGAGGAGGCGCUGCAACAUGAAAUCACAACGAGCUUCAUGAAACUGAAAAUUCUUCUUCUGUUUGUUUUUAGGAUGUCUCAGCUGCCUGUUUUUCCCCGCACGUGCAUCCCGCUGCUUUGCAUUCUGGGUAUGAUCUUGCUGACGUCUGGCUUCCCUCAGCCUCGUCUUCCUCUCAGAAGUUCGGAAGAUUCGGAGGAACACAAACGAGUCGACUGGGAUGUCCUCUACCCUUCCAUCUCUCUCCGUGAUUGGAGCAUCCAAAUGAUGUCAGCGCCCGGCCUUAGAGCAGCAGCCAACAGCAAAGCAGGACUGAUGAGGGAGGCGUGGCUUUUUGCUCCAGAGGGGGUGGAGACAAGUGUGGAGGGGGCGUGGCCUGCCGAAUGGUCGUCUCCGGGAGCCGGGAUGGCGAAGAGGAACCUGGUGGUGGCCGACGACGCGGCUUUCAGAGAGAAGAGCAAGCUGCUCACCUCCAUGGAGAGGCAGAAGUGGCUCAACUCGUACAUGCAGAAACUGCUGGUGGUGAAUUCGUGA